UAAAAGCAGGACUUUUCGACUUCUAGAGAGAGAGGGGGAUCGCCGGAUCGGAGAAUCAUCGGAGUAGACGGAAUGGAUUCAGAUGAGGAUGAUAGGAUACCAUUGAGUCAGAGACCGGAAUGGUCCGACGUCACUCCGGUACCGCAAGAUGAUGGUCCUAACCCCGUUGUGCCUAUUUCGUACUCCAAAGAGUUCGCCGAGACCAUGGGGUACGUCCGAGCUGUAUAUUUGGCCGAUGAGCGAUCUCAUCGCGCUCUUCAACUUACCGCCGAAGCAAUUCACUUCAACGCUGGAAAUUACACUGUGUGGCAAUUCAGACGAUUAAUACUCGAGGCUCUCAAUGCUGACUUGCAUGACGAAUUAGAAUUUGUUGAGCAUCUUGCUAGCAAAAACUCAAAGAACUAUCAGCUAUGGCACCACAGGAGGUGGGUUGCUGAGAAACUGGGGACUGAAGCUGCUGGUAGAGAACUUGAAUUCACCAAGAAGAUAUUCGUAAAUGAUGCUAAAAAUUAUCAUGCUUGGUCUCAUAGACAGUGGGUUCUUCAAACUCUUGGAGGCUGGGAAGAUGAACUUGCUUACUGUGAUGAACUUCUGGAAGAUGAUAUCUUCAACAAUUCUGCUUGGAAUCAGAGAUACUUUGUGAUAACUAGACACCCUGGAUUGGGAGGUAUAGAGGCUACACGAGAUUCCGAGGUUAGUUAUGCCGUAAAAGCCAUUCUGACGAAGCCAGAGAAUGAAAGUUCAUGGAGAUACCUUCGCGGUCUCUAUAAAAACAGCAUGCCAUCUUUUGUAAUGGACCGCCGGGUCUCAACCGUUUGCCUGACGGUUCUGACCACCAAAGCCAACUGUGUGUUCGCUCUUAGCCUGCUGUUGGAUCUCCUCUCCAACGGUUUUGAACCAAACCAAGAACUGAAGAACGCCGUUGAAGCUCUACUUCCAGAAUCAAGAGAUCAAGAUUCAGAUAUGGCGGUAACCAUUUGUUCGGUUUUGGAGAUCGUGGAUCCGAUGAGAGUAAAUUACUGGAGAUGGAGAAAGAAGAGUCUUCAUUCUGAAGUUGAAGAGGGAGUUAGAAACCUUCGUGUCCAUUGAAGAAGAUUGUUUUUCAGUGUUUGAUGUCUUUUCAAUCUAAGUAAAACUUUUGGUGUCUAGUUGUAUUGUAAACCAUUUUAAUCUUUUGACUGACCUAUUUUGGAUAGAAGAAAGGUUCCAUACGUUUUAUC